CUCAUAAGCUCUCAUAGCUGAUUCAGUUUUUCACGAGACUCUAGAUUUUGUACAGACCACAAUUCACUCAAGUUAAAAACACGCCGCACCGAAAUUCAUUAAGAUGGGAAACGAUGGCAACGCUCCCCAGCCACAAUGGAGGACCCCUGGAACCAAUGGGUCUGGGUUUCCACCACCGCCGCCAACAGCGCAAUCUUGGACAGAUCAUUACACCAACACCGAUAAGACUUGGAAUUCGGCAGGCACGUUUAGCUUGUUCAAGACCCUUAGGAACGGCAAGAAUGGUGCACCGACUAGUUCUCGAAGGUCUCGUGUGUGGCCGGCGUCAUCGCGGGAGUGGUUCAAGCCAGAAAAUGGUGGGACGGUGAUAUUUGCGGGCCAUGUAGUCCUCAUCAUCUUCGAGGUCAUCGCCAUUGUCAUCUCCUCGCAAGGCCUCGAACGGGUCAAGAAGUUUCCGGGAUUGGUUCUUAGGGCCGAGUUUGCGUGGUGAGUUCUUACGCCGUCUCGUUGGGUCAGUUAACUAGUAAGACAUUACGGGACUGACACAUAGAGACAAAGCAUAUUAUCGCUGAUAUCCACGUGCACCGAGGUUGGCA